AUGAACAUUUCAAUGAUGGAUGCUCAUAACUUGUCAUGGAAACUUGCAUACACUAUCAAUGGGCUUCAUCCUGAUGUUGACGAUCCUGGAGCCCUCCUCAAGUCAUACGAAGUGGAACGGUACAGUGUUGCCCAGCAAUUGAUCGAUUUUGAUAAGAAGUAUUCAACUGGAUUCUCCAAAAGAACUACCGGAGAGGAAAACGAGGUUCAGGCCUCCUUAAAACAGAACCAAGAAGUCUACGAACAGUCAAUUUCUUUUGCCAGUGGCUGUGGAAUUGAAUACCCAGAGACCUAUCUAAUUGAUAGAUCAUUCCCGAAUGGGUAUCAAAACCCCAUCUGUGGAACUGAUUAUUUCCAUGGAAUCCUAAGACCAGGAAGGAGGCUGCUGAAUAUCACUAUCAGGAGAUUUGCUGAUGGGUUUCACAGAGACAUACAUGACGAUUUGGUUUCUAAUGGACGCUUCCGCAUUCUCUGCAUGACUUCGACAGAUCUAUUAGAUCCCAAGGGGACUUCUGCACAAGUUAUACUCUCAAUUUCAAAUCUUCUUUCACUCUUCCCUCCUUCACUUAUUGAAGUUGUGGUGAUAUACCCUCGUCUUCCACGUGAGCUUGACUGGAGUUGUCUUCCUCAGGAGCUCAAGAAAAUGGCCGAAAUGAAAUUUUACAGUGGAUUUGACGUUGAGGACGCCUAUAAAGCAUAUGGAGUUGAUCCAGAUGAUGGGGUCCUCGCAGCUAUCCGGCCAGAUGGCUGUGUCGGAGUCAUAUCUAGAUUGGAUGAUAUUCCACGUCUGGAAACAUACUUGGAAAAGUGCAUGAGGAAGCAGGGUAAAGCUGCUCCUACAAUGCAUAAUCUCAAUUAG